UGUCAGUAACAUCAGGUAACAUCAAUAAAUCAACUUUCAAACUACCGAAAGUUUGAUCAAUAAACCCGUUUUUGUUGAUAUAGGUGUAUUGCCCGCUCUUCUAAGUAGACCUCGUAAUAUUUUUCGCUAAAUAUGUCCGUAAUAUUCAUCACUCAACACGACGAAAACAUCUACAACAUAACGAAAUCUCAAAUCGAUUUGCAACAUAAAUCACCCAAAUACAAGAGCAAAUUCCGCGACAAGAACAAGCAUGCUCUUCAUUUCUACGCUAAAAACAUCAAGAAUCACGCUACGAUGGGAAUACCCCAAGAGGAACCACCAGAUCCUCAGAACUAUUUGAAAAAAAGAACGGGGAAACCAAGUUACACUAGUAAUAUACCGAAAAAGGAACCAAAGUUAUGCAGGAACUUGAAUUUACCUCAUAAAGAAGAUACGCCUUUGGUUAAAGAUUUAUUAGAAGCGUCUAAAAAGCAUGAGAAAGAAGUACUGUCUACUAAAGAUUUUAUUAAGGAUAAUAUAGCUACUGUAAAAAGCAUGAAAACCAAAGAGCCAGAUCACAAGAUAGUCGUCGAUCGGGUCGGAACAACUGUUCAUCCAGAGGCCAACGGAUGGGAACCAGUUUACAUUAAAAAAUCAAUUUUUGGAAAGACACCUAAUUAUCUAGUCAGGUUCAAUAAAAUUAAGGAAAAAGAGUAUCAAAUGCGCAAAGAUGCCUCUGGAAAACAGCAACCAAAAUGCAGAUAUAUUCGUAGAGAUGAAAGAGAAGAACUGCUAAAGGGUUUGAAACAAAAUUGGGAAGAAUUGCAGAAACAAUACCAAGGCCUCCCGAUUCUGACUGAUACGAUUCCGAAAAAAGUGCGCAAAUCUAAACUCGAAGACGAACUGAAACAAAUUGAAAAGGACAUCGUGCUGGUAGAAAGACAUCCCUAUAUUUACAUUUAUAAUGACGCAGAAUUUCCAUAACCCAUCAGUGUUUCGUGUGUACAUUUUCAAUUAUUGAUCAUACAAUUUUAUUAAAUAUAGAUAUUUUAAAAUA